AUGAAACUAGCCUCGAUGCUCCGAAUCAAGAAACUGAAGAACAGAUCAAAGAGGAACCGAAAGACAAACAGGAGGAUGAAGGCAGUAUUAACAGAGAAGGUUGAUAAGGAAGUUGAGACAGCUGAUGGAAGCCGAAUCCAAAGAGCAGAAAACUCAGAGGUCGAAGAAAAUUCAACCAGUGACAAAGAAGGAUCACACAUUACGAAAGAAUUGGAUGAAAGGAAACAGGAUGAUAAGUCUGUAGACCCUGUAAAUGUGCAGAGUGAAGAUAGAGAAGCACAAGAAGAGGUCGAGAUUGUCGACAACUUGAAACUAGGUCAUGGCGAGAGUUAUAGUGAAGCUAUGACAGAAGAAAGAGCGGAGACAACCUUAAACGACACGGAGGUGAACAAGGAGCUUGUAAACACAUCAUAUAUCAGCUCAGCCGAGAUGAGUCUAGAAAAUAUCGAGAGUGAUGCUAAUCAAGAGACUGAAGAAGUGGAGAAGGUGCAGCUAGCAGAAAUAUCCUCCAACUUGGCACCCGAAAUCCCAACUAACAACAAUGAUGAAGUAGAGGUAAUCAAGAGAGAUGGUGAUAAGGUCUACACAGCUAAAGAUCAGACUGCUGAAGCUGAUAAUGGCCUAACAGCAGAACUGGGAGCUAAAGAAGUUGAAGAAACUGAAGCAGUACCUGAAACAUUGUCCGAUCACACAUCUCAAAGAGUUGAAACUCUUCUCAAAGAUGAUGACAGUUUAAUUAAUACUUUUACGGAAGACAAAUCGGAUAAACUUCAAAGUUCUAUCCGCACAUUUUUUCCGAGGAUGAAGAGAUCAGAACUGCACCCCCAAUUGAGAAGAUAG